UUCACUCUGGCUGGAAAUCCUACACUUAAACCCUAUACUACCUCUGUCCGAUGCUAUAAUCGUUCUUACUUCAUGCUCCGCCAGGCUAUACGGGGAGCUCGGUGGUAUCAGCAUGUCGCCCACAGAAGCCCCCCGGCAUCGUCUUUUCCCUCACGACGCGCAUUCUCCAUCGUAAUCCCACGCUCGGUUGACUACGGUGGUCCUCAUGGUGGGAAAGUUUGCUUUUACGAACAGAAUACUAUCGGAAGCAGUAAGAGGAGGAGGGUCGAUCCCGAAGCCGAAGAUCGGGAAGAACAAAAGGAAAUCGAGGAUGAGCUCUCCAGGCUAGAUCGGGAACUGGAAGUCCUCCAAGAAGGCCCUUACGGUCCUAAUAGCCCGUUUAUGAAAAGUCUAUCCGAGGAAGAAAGGGCUAUUGCACUUGAAGCCUUGCGGAAAUACGAUACCGAGAAGGGCAAGGAUGGCAACAUAGCUGGGCUCAAGAAUAUUUUUGACAAAGAAUUGGAUGAGAUGCUGAGAGAGGAGUUUGAAGGCAUGGCAGAGGAGGAAGAAAAUUGGAUGUCUAAGACUCAGAAGAAAGAGGCACCACGUCGCCCAGCGCCUUUCGAAGUCAUCUUACAAGACCAAGCGGCCCAUUCCUAUGUCAACCGAUUCAACAAAUGUCUAAAGAGAUUCGCGAAUGAUAGGUCUAACGAGUUGUUAAGACAGCUGUUAUGGAAAUUGUACCGUCGUUGCAAACUGGCUAGUCCGAAUUUUCUCCAAUCCGUACCUGAUGAUGCAGCGGCGUUGCUAUGGGAAUCCCAAGUCGAGGGUGAGUCUACACGGCCUGUCCGACCGGCACAUUUGCAAACCCUUAUUGCGGAUGCUAGGGCCACCGGUAGAACCAUCCCUACUCCUCACAUUCUUUCAUAUAUCGAAUCCCUUCAUGAUGGUGGGGAGACAAGCAAGGCCCUGGACGAGUGGGAGGCAUGCCAGUCACGAUUUUCUGAGGGAGAAGAGGGUCUGGAGGUAUACUGGAAGCUAGGGGUACAACUCUUUGCAGCUGAUGAUAAUCCACAGCGGGCGCAGGACAUUGCAUUAGCUUUUCUCGCAAAUGACAGAUCCCGCCAGCCACAUAUUCUGAUUCCGGUUAUUACUGCAUGGGGGAGACAGCCAGGAAGGGAGGCGGAAACAAAAGCGUGGGCACUAUAUCUGCAACUGAAGACCAUGCUUGGAUCAAAUAUGACCAUGGAUGAUUACGAUCGCGUUAGCAUCGGGCUCCUCAAAGCCCAUCGCUCGAAUCUUGCACUUGCGGUUUUUAAAGACAUGAUGGUUACGGGGAGUGACCCUGCAGACGAUUCAACGGCUCUCUAUAAAGCUGCUCUGGGUCUAGCAGGUAACCUUCAUGCUUCCAGUAUCAGCGAGAAUGAAGUGAACAGGGUAUCGCUAUCAGCACUUACAAUAUUGCCCCGGCGGUUCCAAAACAGAUUCUUCUAUGCAAGUUGGAUGAAGAAGCUUAUUGGAAUGGGGGAGAUCGAUUCAGCUGCGAUGGUCAUAGAGCUGAUGUACGAAAGGGGCGUUAAACCAGAUGCAAAGCAUCUCAACGGAAUAAUUGCGGCCUGGAUCCGCGAUGGAAGCACCACUUCCAGGGACAAAGCUGAACAUCUUGGAUGGGCCAUGAUAAACCAGCGCAUUGAUGCGGUUGCUACUAGGGAUUCCCCUUCUAAGUCAGCAGACAGUAUCAAUAUCUCUUCUGAAGACACAGAAGCCUAUCCUACCCGCAUCCCCAAGUUCAUGAAGCGGACAGUGCCCCCAGCGACUAUCGAGACUUUCUCAAUUCUGCUUCUCUAUUAUACCCGGAGAGGUGACGAUGAUAUGGUCAAACAUCUCACGGAAUCUUUGGGAGAUGCGCGAAUCAAACCCAAUUCGUAUUUCAUGAACCAUCUCCUAUAUGCCGAAUUGAGGAAACAUGAUAUCCACACAUUGUGGCAUAAAUACAAAUUUAUGUCUGCUUCAAUAAAGCCGGAUCUUGAGACAUACGCCUGCCUCUGGGACUGCGGGAAACUCCAGUACGAUGUCGGACGGACCGCGUUCGACGAAGACUUCCCUUCUGCUCGGGAUCUGUAUUCGGAGAUGAUGCAGUGGUAUUCUCAGCUACCGCUGCGCGACAAGUCGAGAGUGCAGGAGGAAUUCUCGAAGGGACUCUACGACCAGAUCAUUCGCUGCUUUUGCCUUCUGAAAGACCUACCUGGGACGCUUGUCGCCUUGCGUUCAAUGAGCACGACCUUCGGGUUCUACCCGGACGAUAUCACAGCUCGGAUAUUAGUCUUGCAGGUUGCGCGUCUUGCGGGCGUCCCCGCUGGCACACCAAAGCGCAGGCUACGCCGACUAUCGACGACGCCGAGGAGCAAGGAGAACAUUGCCCAGGUCCAAAAGCUUGUGGGGAUCUUGAGCCAACGCAAAGCGGCCGCCCUCCAAGCACAGGGUCUGAGCAUCGAAGAUCUCGACCCAAGGGAAAGGCAAGAGUAUCAACUGGAAAUCAUGUCUGAUCUGCUACAGAUCGUGAUAGAAAGGGUAGCUGAUGAUCCUAACCAUGUCGGGGAGGAGAUCGCGGCAGCUGCAUCGGAGAUGGGUGUGUCUGAGAUUAAUCUCGGAUCAGCGCCGGAACACUGGCUUUAAAGCACUGGCGGUUGCGGCUGUAUUAUACAAAGAGUGAAGCAUAACCAGGCGUUUCAAAGGGUCGGUCAGGUCGGUAUCCAAAAACAAAGGUCCAUACAAUAAAAAAUAGGUAUAUAAUUAUAGCUGCUC